ACUCCACACUCCACAGGCAUUUAAAGAGUUUUUGAAGGUUUUUGUAUUGUUAUCAUUUUGUACAUAUAUAAUUUUACUCGGAAUAUCAUAUAAAUAAUUAUUCUUACUAAAUUAUAAAUUGAAUUAUAAAUUAUCGUUGGUAACCUGUGAAUAAGAUAUAUCAAUUUAUAUCAAACAAGAUAUUAUUUACGCCUUUCAAAUGGCGUCACUCUGUAAUCUUGUGACACGAGGAUUAAUUUAUAAUCCCUUUAAAGGGCUAGAAAGAUUAACGGUAAUUUAUUCAGCAAAAAAUUAUAGUGUAUUUCCAAAGAGUAUGAGAAGUCCUGUUUUUAAAGAAGAUGAGCAAUUAGAACUUGAAGAAGAUAAACAAUUACAAAAAUUGUCCCUUCAGCAUAUAUUACCUGCCUUUUCUAAUCAUACGUGUUCAGAAUUUCAUGAUCCUUUAACGCGAAAAUUUACAAAUUUUAUUAUGAGAAAAGGAAAAAAAGUUGUAGCAGAUAAUGAAUUAAGAAAAUGUUUUACAUCUAUGAAAAGAAUACAGAUUGAGCGUUUUCACAAAGCAGAGACCCAAGAAGAAAAAGAUGAAAUUGAACUCGAUCCGAUAACCAUUUUGCAUAAAGCAGUAGAAAACGCUUCACCGGCUCUAGAAACAGUAAAACUAAGAAGGGGAGGAGUUAAAUACGACGUUCCUCACCCAUUGUCUGCAAAGCGAUCGGAAUUUUUGGCAAUGAAUUGGUUGAUACAAGCUGCUCAAGUGAAAGAACGUACAGUACACUUUUACGACUGUUUAGCCAGAGAGUUAAUUAACGCUUCCAAUAAUACAGGAAGUGUUGUAAAGAGAAAAUUGGAGUUACACAAACAUUGUGAGGCUAAUCGAGCGUAUGCUCAUUUCAGGUGGAAUUAAACAUAAUUGUUGGUAAUGAUUAGAAACUAAUAGUACUUUAAAUUUGUAAAUAAAUGAUUUUGUUAAAAAUCAAAAUGAAA